GGUCUUUCGUCUAAUAUUUAGGUUGCUAGAUUCAUUCAAACUCGGUACGUUGAGUGUACGACGUUUCUCACGCACUCAAUUUCAGUUGUUUUAGGUUGUCAGGAUGUCUUUGGCUGAUGAACUACUCGCUGAUUUGGAGGAGAUAGCAGAAGAAGGUUUCAUUGAUGAUGCUGAGAAUGAGAAAGAUGAGGAUGAUGUCAUCCAGGAUGUUACCAUGGAGAUAGAUACAAGAGAAUCUUCUAUCAAGAGCAUAGCCAAGCUUCGUGAUAGCCAGAAGUUGCAGAGUGUUUUGACACAGAUUAAAUUUUACCAGGACAAUCCAAGAAAAGGAGAAGUGAUGGGACCAGUAGAGGCCAAUCCAGAGUAUCAGUUGAUUGUACAGGCUAACAACUUAUCAGUGGAGAUUGAGAAUGAGAUCAAUAUUAUUCAUAAAUUUGUCAGAGACCAUUAUCAGAAGCGCUUUCCAGAGUUGGACUCUCUUGUUCCUAAUUCUUUUGAAUAUCUUAGCACAGUCAAGGAACUUGGAAAUGAUUUGGAGAGAGCGAAGAAUAAUGAGAAGCUGCAGGAGAUAUUGACCAAUGCGGUCAUCAUGAUUGUCAGUGUUUCAGCUUCUACUACACAAGGCACACCACUCACUCAACAAGAAUUAGCAACAGUCUUUGAGGCAGGUGAUAUGGCCUUUGACUUGAAGCAAGCAAAGACAGACAUCUUCACCUAUGUGGAAUCGAGGAUGUCAUUUAUUGCUCCCAAUCUUUCUAUUAUUGUUGGUGCCUCAACUGCUGCUAAACUAAUGGGUGUUGCUGGUGGCCUUACCAAUCUGUCCAAGAUGCCUUCAUGUAAUGUGUUAGUCCUAGGCUCUCAACGCAAGAUGCUCUCUGGAUUCUCUAGUUCUGCUGUUUUACCACAUACUGGCUACAUCUAUUACAGUGACAUUGUUCAAGCAACACCACAGGAAAUGAGAAGACAAGCUGCUCGUCUGGUAUCAGCCAAGUGUACUCUAGCUUCUAGGAUCGAUAGUUUCCAUGAGAGCCCUAUAGGUACUAUGGGAUUGAAUCUCAGAGCUGAGAUUGAAAGAAAACUUGCCAAGAUGCAGGAACCUCCACCACCAAAACAAAGCAAGGCACUACCUCUACCUCUUGAUCAACCCAGGAAAAAACGAGGAGGAAGAAGAUUGAGGAAGAUGAAAGACAAGCUUGGUAUGACAGAGAUGAGGAAACAAGCGAAUAGGAUGAACUUUGCAGAGAUUGAAGAGGAUGCUUAUCAAGAGGACUUGGGAUUCUCUCUUGGACAGAUUGGCAAGGGAGGAUCAGGAAGGGUACGAGCUGCACAGGUCGACAACAAAACACAGGUCAAAAUAUCCAAGAGUUUGCAGAGACAACUACAUCGUCAGCAGAUGCAUGGUGGGAGAUCAACGGUGAGAGGAAGAGAGACAUCUGGUACAUCAUCCAGCAUAGCCUUUACCCCAUUACAGGGUCUGGAGAUUGUAAACCCACAUGCAAACGAUUUCAAAGCUCAGGAAGCGAAUGAUCGCUAUUUCUCAACAAUAUCGGGGUUCCAGAAAGUGAAAGAUGAUGCUGGAGUAAACUGACCUUUACAUAUCAACAAUGUGUGGGUCAAAGAAAGUAGUAGCAAUGUAAACAAAUCUUUACAUAUCUACAAUGUGUGGGUCCAAGAAAGUAAAAGCAAUGUAAACAAAUCUUUACAUAUCUACAAUGUGUGGUUUCGAAGAAAGUAAAAGCAAUGUAAACAAAUCUUUGCAUAUCUACAAUGUGUGGUUUCGAAGAAAGUAAAAGCAAUGUAAACAAAUCUUUACAUAUCAACAAUGUGUGGGACCAAGAAAGUAAAAGCAAUGUGAACACAUCUUUGUUUUUACCAAUAUAUUGGUCGUAAAAGGUCAAAGCAAACUGACCACAUUUUAAAUUCUCAACGUGGUAAGUAAAAACCACAUUUUUAUUUAUUCUUUACAUCUUUAUUUUUAACAACAUAUGGGUUGUAGAAAUUCAAAUCAAAAUGACCAUAUUUUAACUUCUUCUUAACAUGGUUCUUGAAAGUAAAAACCACAUCUUUAUUUACUCUUUGUAUUCCUGAAAGUAAAAAACAUUGCAUAACAGAGAACAUGAAACUGUGUAGUAUUACGUUGUAUUAUAGAUGUCAAAGAAAUGCUGAACAGGUUUUCCAAGAGUUGGCUUGAAUGAGAAGGCCACAAUAUUUUACUAGUUCACUUAGCAAUACUUACAUGUAUCUUUGCUAUGAUAAGCUAGAAUUCAUAGAUAGAGCCGAGUUCUGACCAUUGUGCGGGCAACAAUGCAGAACUCUAUACAUGCUUCAGUUUACAGGAUCGGAUGCGAGAAUUUCAGGAUUCCUGCUGGUUGGAGAAAAAAUCCUGAUGAAAAAUGUUUUUUUCUUUGAAUUUGGUUUUUAGUAUAUGUGUGACUUGCUAGAGGGAUGGUACAAGUGGUACCCUAUGGGGACAAAAUCCAGAUGUUAUUUUUGUUAGAAGGUUCAGAGGCAAAUUUAGAAAGAAAAUGUUUAACAAAACCUGAACCCCACCAUAUGUAUAAUGCCAUACCACGUGUCAAACAAAGACCUUAUCGCUUGCUCUUAUUUGCCAUUAUCCAUUACCAACUUAGGAAGUGUAUGUACAAAGUCUUCUCAUCGCAACCACUUUUUCCAGUUACCGCAAAACUUGGUUCAAAGAUUUCCUGGGUAAUUAGGCUGUUAUGCUACUGUCAAAGGUCAAAGUUGAAGGAAAUCAUAGGUCAACUAAUGCUGACAAGUAUAAAAGCAUCAGUCAUGAAAAGUUGACCUCCAAUAUGUAUCAUGAGUCAUUGCAUUUUGGGAACUUUCAUGAUAUGGUAAUGUGAAAGAUUAAAGGUUAAAGGUCACUUAAUGUGUUGAAAGGUAAUAAGACAUUUCCGGUAGGCAUGUCAAUGUCUCUGUCUGUAGCACACUUCCAAUUACACUGUAAAGCUAAGAGUUUUGUUUUUGACGGUUCAUGUGAAUAUUUUGUAAUAAAUACAGACAUCUGAA